AUGAUGAUGGUCCAGAUAGAGGAGGAGAGCGAGGAGGAAGGAAAGGGAAGGUCCGGGCUCGGUCAGGCCCCGCCCGGCGCUCGCUCCCGCGGGAAUCCUGGAGCCCAAGGCGGCCCGGGGGCGGUCCGGCGGCGCCGGCGAUGGGGCAUAAAACCGCUGGCUACCUGCCGGGCUGCUCCUGCCUGCGCUGCCGUCCCGGGCCCACCGUGCCUCUGCCCGCGUGCCCGGAGUCCCCGCCUGUGUCGCCUCUGUCGCCGCGUCCGUCUCCUGCCAGGCGCGGAGCCCUGCAAGCCGCGGGUGGGCCCCAGGCGCGCUGACAUGGGCUGCCAGGCCAAAGCGCGCUGGGCGGCCGCGGCGCUGGGCGUCGCGGGGCUGCUGUGCGCGGUGCUGGGCGCUGUCAUGAUCGUGAUGGUGCCCUCGCUCAUCAAACAGCAGGUCCUCAAGGACCCCCGUGUCUGGACCCAUGGGACAAAGCCCUAGAGCGGAUCGCCGGUCACGGCUGGGGAGAGAGCUCCUCAGAGGACAGCUCGGAUCACAGGUGUGUGCCAAUUCUGCUUUGUUUUUCUUCCUCUUCCCUGCCAUUGAACUUCCUAUUCUUUCUGGCAUGUGAGAGACAACUUCAACGUACUCCCUGGUGACGGCUGAAAAACACAGGGUAUUUUUAGUUUGCCUGAGUCUAGUUUUUUUGCUCCUGGUAGAUUUGCGUCUCCCUGUCUGAAUGACUGUGUGUGUUUGCACACACGUGUGUUGCUGUGUGUACACAUGUGCUGAGGGUGAAAACAUAGUGACACACACACCUGUGUAGGCAUGCACACACCUGCCUUGAUGUGUGAUCACAUGAUGAUGCAUGUGCAGACACCUGUGUUGCUAUGUGCCCACAUGUGUUGACGCAGGCACACAUGGCGUGUCUAUACACGCACAAGGACACACAUGAACACACGUAUUUAUGCGUGUGUCAGUGUGACCGCACAUACAUGUCGAUGUGUCCCACUGUUAUCUCCUUUCUGGGGCUGGGCCUUGCACCGGGGUUUCCAGGAAGCAUUCCCCGUCCCUUCCUGGAAUGGUCAGUACCUGCUGUGCCUCCGCUGGAGAUGCACCCUGAUUAACUAGAACGUGGCAAAGCUCCGCAACCUGGAAUCGCUUUACCCUGGCUUUCGGUUUCUAGCAAAUGCGAUGGACGUGAGUCCCCGUGGAGGCUUGCUCCAUCGAGGUGUUUUUCCUGGAUGAGUCUUGGUCCCAGUGGCGAUUUGCUACAGGCUUGUAGGCACUGUCGUUUGUGGGUCCCCCAUGGAGGUUCCUUAGUGUUCGGAGAGUGAUUCCAUGUCUGUGGGCAGCAAAACAGAGGCCCCUGGGGCCAUAAGCCACUACCCCUGGGGCUGAGACCAGAGAGUUUUGUGGUUUAAAUCCUGGGCCUGGAGGAUUCUGCGGAGCAGGGUUCGAACUAGGCCCUCUGCUCUUGAGGCGCUGGCAGCGCCAGUACCACAGGCACAUUAAUUGUGCGGAAAAUUCAACGCUAGGGCCCAGUCAAAAAUGAAAAACACAAAACAAAAAGAGAAUCCCUUUUAUUUACCUCAUCCCUCUUCCCCUGUUUGGACGUGAUCUUGGCCUCUGCUGGCCCAGGAGUGGCCAGGCUGGAUCUGUAACACAGAGACAAAAACAACACAGCAACCUGUGUCCUUGGCUUUGAAGCCUUAAAGGGCCCCGGGCUGGCUGCCCGCAGGUGUUGGGGCGAUUUUCCUCCCAGAGCUCUUGGGUAGGAUGCGGAGUCGCUCUGCCUGCUCAGAACCCCCGGGCCCUCGGUUCCAGGCAGGCUGGCGGCCCGAGGCAUGGCCGGAGUAAGUGUUUCCUUUCCCCCCACUCCACUGUUUCUUCCUGUUCGCUGACAGCCUGUGCCGGGAGGGGGAAGGAGCAGGAGGGGCCUGGGCUUGUUUGCUUCCUGGCAUUUUGGGUGAAGUUCCUUCCACCUUCUCUGGAAGCUUCUAGGAGGACCCUUGAGAUGAUCUCUGGGUUUCUCUCCCACCUUCCUGGCUGCUCUGGUCCUGCCCGCCAAUGCCCCCUGGUCUCCCUGGCCUCCCACUGGCGGAGCCCGGGGCCGCCUUUCUGUGCGACCUCAUCCCUCAUCCCUGGGUGAGCUCCUCCAGCCUCACACCUGAGUGGCAUCUCUGUCCUGAGCACUCCCAAAUUGGUAUCCCUGGGCCCAGACAUUUCCUCCGAACCCCACCCUUGAGCAUGUAUGGCAGAGUCCAUAUCUCGACUCAGGGUCAAAGGCAGCUUCCGCUCGCCCCAGCUGGCUCCUUACCAACCCCGGCCACGCCUGCGGUUCCCACCAGCUCCCAACUCCGUCGGUAGUCCCCCGUCUUCCAGUUGCCCGGGCCAGCGCGUUGCACUCAGCCUUGACUCCCAUUCUCUCCACUUCCGCAAGGAACCCAUCAGAAAGCUUUAUGGCUUCAUCAUCUAAAUAUACCCAGAUUCCAACCACUUCUCACCACACCCGAGGCGCCAUCGCCUCUGGUCCAAGCUGCCCUCACCUGUCCCCCGGAUUCCUGCCUCCUCCUCCUCGCUGGCCUUCCUGUGCUCACCCUUGUUCCCCAGUGGGGUCUCUCAAUAAGCAGCCACAGGAGCCCAUCGGAACGGCUCCUAGCUUACCUCCUCUGCUCAAAGCCAGACCCAUCCCCUAGCAGUCACAGCCAGGUCCUAACCCGGCCCGGGGCCUGUGCCAUCCACCCCUGCCACUUUUCUGGUGAUGUCCCCAUUCCCUGUUCCCUCGCACAGUGGCCUCCUGGCCACUCCUCGGCCGCACGGCCCCAAUCGCCUUAGCUGUCCUGUGACACAGCCCUCUCAUCUCCUGUAGGUCUCUGUUCAGCACUCACUCGCUCAUGGAGACCCCCCAUCUCAUUUGUUCAUCGUGCAGGUGUCCCCCACCACCCGUCUGCCUGUGCUCCCGGCUCUGCUUACCACUGUGCUUCUCGGUAGCCCUGUCAGCCACUGAGAUACCUUGGAGCCUCCCUGUGUUUACUCUCUGUUUCUCCCCAGGAGGAUGUUGGACUGUGAGGUCAGGGACGUUUGUGUUGUUUGUUGCCGUGCCCCAAGCCCCUGGAACGAUGCCUAGUACAUAAUCGCAGGUUCUCAAACAUUUAUUGAAAGGGUGUUUGAAAGACAAGGGUUGCUUCACAGGGUAGUUCGUGACCAGUGGCAGGUUGUGGUCCUGUGCAGGGGGAUGGGCCUGCUCCUCUCCACCUGCCACGGCCGUCAGCCCAGACCAAGCUGCCACCGGCUUUUCCCAGCGGGUGCUGGAGUGUCCUCCUGGGGCUGUUUGCUCUACCGAUUCAUGCCACACUCUUGUCACUUCUCUGCAUCAAAGCCAAAUUGCUCUUUAAAACAUGCACAUUGGGCCGGGUGCAUUGGCUGAUGCCUGUAAUCCCAGCACUUUGGGGGACUGAGGCCGCUGGAUCACCUGAGGUCUGGAGUUCAAGACCA